UAGGCAGGCAGGUGAGCCCGGGCAAUGCCGGGUGCGCUGCGCUGUUAGUCAGUUAGCCGGAGAGCUGCCAGGGCAGGCGAAUCAGUAGAAGCAAAAAAAAAAAAAAAAAACCGGCACCAGUAUAAGCUGCUAUAGAAGACUGGAGGAGCUCUGCUGUACUGGAUCAAAAUAUAUGCACACACACACAUAUAUAUAUAUUACGGGUGUCGCGUCAUUCAGUUGAGUUGACACACACGUUGUAUUUAUUUACUCAAGAUUUGGCUACUCCAAAUCAUUGUGCUCCGAGAGGUUUCUGCACGGUACAGUUCUGGGUGUGUGUAAUCCGUAUGUGGCAGCAGCAGGUGGCAUUGAGUGAGUGGUUGACUCUUAAAAUGUACCGGUCGUGGGCUUGAAGACACCAAUGUGCUGCCCUGGAGAGGAGUCGCGGGUGACAGAUCGCAGAGCGAGCAGAGGGAGGACUGGGAGCGGUAAUGCUUAGAUGAGGCCAGUGAGAGCAGCAGCAGCAGCUUCCCACACCGCCUGCCUGCCUGUCGGAGGAGCAGAGCCACUCACACUGUGAAACACAGAGGAACUGCACCUCUUAGCCAUGCUGAGCCUGAAGCUUCCCCGGCUCUUCACUAUCAAUCAGGUGCCAAAAGUGUAUCAUGAAGACAGCAUUAUCUUUGGGUAUCGUCACCCAAGGAGCUCAGCCAAAGACUGCAUCAUCAGUGUCUUCCAGCUGACCAAUGAAACACUGAAUAUCUGGACACACUUCCUGCCUACCUGGUACUUCCUGUGGAAUCUGCUGGCCGUGUUGUACACGCUGGACGUGUGGAACGAUGCCUUCUCCUGGCCGCUGAUUGUGUUCCUGGUCUCCUGCUGCAUCUACCCCUUCACCUCCAGCUGUGCGCACACCUUCAGCACCAUGUCUCCUCGAGCCAGGCACGUCUGCUUCUUCUUCGACUACGGAGCGCUCAGCCUCUACAGUUUAGGUUCUGCCAUUUCCUACUCUGCGUACGUUAUCCCAGAUCAAUGGAUAAACAGCACCUUCCACCGUUGCUACGUGCCGAUCGCAGUGUUUAACACCAUCGUUUGCACCGGACUCGCCUGCUUCUCCAGGCUUGGUAUACCUUUUGUCCAUUAUAACCAUGACGUCAUAGAAAGGUUUCCAGAACUGGAAAGACCAAAGCUGAGUAAAGCCCUUCGCACACUGGCCUUCGCAUACCCCUACAUGUUCGACAACAUUCCGUUGUUCUACAGGAUAUUCCUGUGCUCCGGAGAGGGCUGCACUGACAACGAGACGAACGCCCUGCACUACAGACACACAGCCCUCGCCUUCCUCACCUGCUUCCUCUUCACAACGCAUCUCCCUGAGAGACUCGCGCCCGGGAGUUUCGACUUCUUCGGGCACAGUCACCAGCUUUUCCAUGUCUGUGCAGUUAUUGGCACGCAUUUCCAGAUGAAGGCGAUAAUGAUGGACAAGACGCUACGACGUGGCUGGCUCAUGAGUCACGCUCCCGCCACCACUUUCACAGGCACUAUAGCUGCUGUUCUAGCCUGUGUCACAUUCAACCUCUGCAUGAUCCUCGCGUUCUCCUUGGCCGCAUGCUGGAAACCAGACUCCUCCAAGAAACUGAGACAAGAAUAUGCCACUACCACACUAUAUAAUCAGAAAGCUUUAUGAAUGUCUCUUCCAAGAAAGGGACACACAGCAUUUGCACUGCAGGCUCAGUUGCGCUAAGGUGCAUCGUUGGAUUAAGCGCACAUUAGAGCAAGCACAUGUUUGCAUUUUUGAUACUGGACAGUAUCUGCCCAAAUGGCUUUGUGCCUUACUAGGUCAAUUGUUUGUGUUUUUUGUAUUUAACUGUUAGGAAAGUGUUUUAUAUUGGACAAUCACAAUCAAGGGAUUUAUUGAGGUUGUUCUGCUAACCCCCCCUCCCGUCCCGCCCCAACCCAACCCAAAUACACUAGAUCUUUUUAAACUAUUUCUAAAGAUCAUUUUCUAUUACAUAAACUUGUAUAGUGUCAAGAAAAAAAAAACAGAGUGUUAGCUCGAUCCUUUGAUUAAACCUUCCUCAACUUUAUCAAUCACUUUUGAUGUGGUUAAGAGAUUUAAAUAAAACAUGUGCAGUACCUUCUUAUACUGUAUGUAAGUGGCAGAAUGUGAACAUCGCACACCCACAGUUACAAGUGAGGAUUCUAUUAAUGCCCUUUGCUCCCGAAUCCGUUUUAAUUCUAUUUUCUUACAGAACGUGUUUUAAAAUGUCUCUUGAUAUAAUAAACGACAAACCAAAAUAUGAAUACUAGUGUCUGGUUGUUUAUCGGCAGCCACAAAAGGAAUAUGGAACUAUGCCUUCAAUUUAUAAUUACUGACACAUGCGAGGACUUCACUUUUGUACACUCUAAAUAUGAUGGGGUUCAAUUGUAAGUUUAAAAUAUUUUGAACUGUCUAAGACUUGCACUAUUGAAGUUUUAAAAACAGCAAGAGGGACCACGAAAUAUCUACCCCAGGUGUUGCUUAAGCACUUUGAACCCCUUUCAUAUUAAGAACAUUUGAAAGGGGGAAAAAAACAAUAAAAAUAACUGCAUUGUGCAAUCAAAAGAAAAUUCAGAUUCCAUGCAAAUACAUCAACUUUUUAAAACGCUGUUCAUAUUUUAAGUAAUAAAGUAAGUAAAAGCACCUUGGUUUAGGUCCUUGGGAUGCUCUUUGAUCAAGGUGUUGCGCUGCUCAUAGACAUGCGUCUUUUGUAACAGGUAUACAGGUGGGCUACUCUUCUAUAUUUUCGUUUAUGGUGCCAUUCUAUAUAGUGACACUUUGUUUAAAGUGGCCACUUCGGUACAAAGGCCAGCCUGCAAUUGAGGCUAUAUAUUAAGGUCACAUAUUGCUGGUCCUGUGACUGGCCUUAAUACAGAGGUUUUAGUGUACAUGGAUUCCGAUUCUUUGUGGUUUUGGUGAGGAGCUGCUUUAUUAAAAACUGAGUGCAUAUUUAUCAUGCUGUAACAGAACAGUGAAAAAUAAAUGUUAUCUACAGUGCCAAGCGCAUGGAAUUCAUAACCAAUCACGUGCCUUUUUAAGACAAACAAACUAAAACCUGUUUGAUUUUUGUCUUAAAAACUGUUUCUGAUAAGAUAUGUUACAUUUCUUUUAUACUUUAUAACUGGAAAUUGUUCUGAAUUGUCAACAAUAAUAAAUGAAGAUAUCUGUGCCUCAA